UCAGUUGACUCGGUUCCAUCGCCAAGAGUGGUAUUACACGUGUUCCGCUUGUUUUUUUACAGCGGAGUAUUGUCAAUUGAGUCAAUUUUACCAAAAACCAAGUAACAAAUAAUGGGGAAGCCAGGAUUUUCACCUAGAGGUGGUGGCGGCGGCUUUAGAGGGGGCGGCGGUGGUAGAGGAGGUGGUCGUGGAGGAGGCCGAGGUGGAUUUGGUGGUGGCCGAGGUGGCAGUGGAGGUAGAGGUGGGUUUGGUGGUCGCGGUGGAGGUGGUGGUACACCGAGAGGUCGUGGAGGCGGCCGUGGUGGUGGAGGUCGUGGUGGUAGAGGAGGUGGGGGUGGCUUCAAAGGUGGCAAGACAGUUGUGAUUGAACCACAUCGUCACGAAGGAGUCUUCAUUGCCAGGGGCAAAGAAGACGCUCUGGUCACAAAAAAUUUAGUUCCUGGAUCUGAAGUUUACGGAGAAAAGAGGAUCAGUGUUGAUGGUGAUAAUGGAGAAAAAAUUGAAUACAGAGUGUGGAAUCCAUUUAGAUCAAAACUUGCUGCUGCCAUUCUUGGUGGAGUUGAUCAAAUUCACAUGCCUCCCGGAAGCAAGGUUUUAUAUCUUGGAGCUGCUUCUGGUACUACAGUCUCACAUGUAGCAGACGUUGUUGGACCUGAAGGACUGGUAUACGCAGUUGAAUUCUCGCAUAGAUCAGGUAGAGAUUUAAUAAACGUAGCGAAAAAACGCACGAACAUUAUCCCUAUAAUCGAAGAUGCCAGACACCCACACAAAUACAGAAUGCUAGUCGGUAUGGUAGACACAAUUUUCGCGGAUGUCGCGCAACCGGAUCAAGCCAGAAUCGUUGCGCUCAAUGCUCAACAUUUUCUGAAAAACGGAGGUCAUUUUGUGAUCUCUAUUAAGGCUAGCUGUAUAGACUCAACGGCACAACCAGAAGCAGUGUUUGCUGCUGAAGUGAAGAAACUCAUAGCUGACAAGUUGAAACCACAAGAGCAGAUCACUUUAGAACCCUACGAAAGAGAUCACGCGGUUGUAGUAGGUUCGUUUAGGCCGCCACCGAAGAAAGCCAUCGCGUAACAUUUUGACGACCAAAUUAAUGUCUCUAAAAAAAAGUAUUGCAUACUAUAACAUUCGUAUUUUAAAAGAAAUAACAAUAACAGGUACAAAAUAUCGCUGUUAAAAACCCCAGUUUUUGGGUUAAUGACAAACGUGAUUCGAUGGUAUAGUGUUAAGAAAAGUGAACAAAAAAAAGCGUGAGAAUGAGAGGCGCAUUACAGUUAGUUGUCCGCGGAGCGCGUUUUUUCAUUCUUCAUAACUGUAGCAGUAAAAAAGUCGAGUUCACCUGCAGCAUGUUACGACAAAAAGAAAUUUGAUCAACGAUUCUUUUUACUGUCACUUCUUUACAACAUUGGCAGAAUCUGGUCACGUUUUAAAAAUUUUCUUUACAGAAUUAAUUAUAUAUUUUUCUUGCUCAGUUUGCUCAUCUGAUUGUGUAAAUCAUCUUCCAAUUUACAAGAUCAGUACUGUUUCCGAAAAUGAGCAGUAUAUUUAAUAAAAAAUUAGUAAUGUUCAAAUAAAUUUAUCGAUUUUUCUGAA